AUGAGAAGCAAAAUACUUUCUUUACGAUCUGCCAACGCCGAUUCUUGCUACCUUGGCAAUUCACGUAGCCAAACAACCAGGGAAAUGGGGAACUAUGAUCCAUUCGCAAACUUCGGUUUCCCAAAAAGGGACAACUACUCCAUCUCCCACUGGCUACAAUCGGUGCAGGGUGAUCCUUUACUGGAUCAUCGGACAACACCAGACCUGCCGACGUCUACAGAUAUUGUGAUCAUUGGAUCAGGAAUGUCGGGAACAGUGGUUGCCAAAGGCGUUUCGGAAACCUGGCCAGAAAAGAAAGUAGUCGUUGUUGAGGCCCGUUUGUUCUGCUCCGGUGCUACUGGUCGCAAUGCUGGCCACUGCAAACCUGACCAGUGGCGAGGAUUCAUAGAGUACGAGAACAAGUUUGGUACUCAGCAGGCGCUCAAGAUUCUGCAAAAUGAGCAACAGACAUGGUCGGAAGUAGUGAAAUACAUAACCGAAAACAAUGUCGACUGCGAGCAUUGGACCGGUGACACACUGGAUGUCCCCAUUACGCCCGAGGCCGCAGAGAGCGCAAAGAGAAUAUAUGAGAGUUACAAGGCAGCGGGCGGCAAAGUGGAACAUAUCAAAGUUACAUACGACCCAGAAAGAGCAGCAGAGAUAUCGCAAAUCAAAGACGCACAAGCAUGUUAUGCGUGGCCGGCAUCAACGCUGCAUCCUUGGAAGCUUGCAGCACAUAUUAUGCGUCAAAAUGUCAAAAGAGGUGUAAACCUCCAAACAAACACAAGAGCUGUCAAGGUCGUCCGUUCUAGAGACAGGUGGAUCGUCAAAACCGAACGUGGUGAUAUUGAGUGUUCGGAGGUUGUCCACGCAUCCAAUGCUUAUAGCUCUGCAGUUGAACCAUCCUUGCGGGGGUUAAUCACUCCAUUUCCUCACAUGUGCAACAAGGUAAUUCCUCCCAAGGAUAGUGAGGACUUCUCAGGCUUGAAGAACUCGUACGGAGUUUUACUUCCUCAAGAGGGCUUGUUCAGUAUUAAUCCCCGUAUCAAUGGAGACGGUGCGGUUCUUUUCGGCGGUCAUAACCCAGGCCAAGAUGAGUUUACGAGGUGGCUAGAGAAGCACCCACAUCGCUACACUGACGAUGGCUUGACUGGAUUUCACUCUAUCAACAAGGCUGUCUACGAAUUUGCAGUCACAGAACUGAAAACAUGGCCAACACAAGUAGAAGCUUAUGAAAAUGCUUGGAGCGGUAUCCUUGGACUUGUAGGUGCUUCUCUUGAUGUGAAAAUGCUCGAAUGUGGUCUGAUUUCAAAGCAGACUGAAGACGGACUGCCGUUUGUUGGGCAAUUGCCUGGGCUUCCCGGACAGUGGAUUUGUGCCGGACACAACGGACAUGGAAUGGCCCGUAUCUUCACUGCAGCGUCCGGCUUGGUCAAAUUGAUGGGUGGGAGCUCUUGGACAGACACGCAGCUGCCAGAAGUUUUCCAGAUAACCGAAGCAAGGGUAGAACGCCUGAGAAAGCUUUUGAGACCAUCACCGCCGGUUCUAGUUCGUCUCUGA